AUGUUUAAAAAGGCGAGCACUUUCAGGGAGACUCCGAAACAUUGAAUAAUCGAACAGAACAAAGCUUACUGUGAUACCCAUCCUAUCGAGCGAGCUACCUAUUACUCUGAGAGACAUGGAGAAUACUGGUGCAAAGCUUGCUAUGAGAAGCUUAAUAAUGAUUCUUCUCCUGCAGAGUUUAUAGAUACUUGCAUCAGUCAAUAUUACAUCAAGUGGACCCAGCUUAAGGAUCGCAUUGAAGAGAUCUCUAAGAAAUACCAAAAGGACAUGAAGAGUUACAAGAAGUUUAUCACAUUUUUGAGCAAAUAAGUUCGAUAAAGAGUUUUUGUUCCCUGAUAUGGAGAAACGAAUGCUGCAAUUGUGGGACGAGAGCUUUGCUUUUAUCAAAGCUUACUGUAAAUAAGAUGAAAUUGAAGGAACUAAUCAAAGCUGAUAGUCAAUAUAAGGUCUUUAAGGAUCGCCUAGAUUUCUAUGAAAACUCUUGAGAUGUCACCCAGAGCAUCUCCAACUAUUUAAAUAGUCCUGAUGUCAAGAAACAAAUGGAGGAGGAAGGCCCCUAUAUUUUCAAGGAGCUAUCUUCCCAAGACCAGAUGGUCUUGAUCAAGCUCCAAUAUGAAGGUAAGAUCAAGGAGCUUGAGGGAAUUGUUGAAAAACAGAAAGAAGAAUUGAGUUAUUACAGGGAAAGAAGCGAAGACCAUAGAGAAACUAAAAUCAUGGUUUUUGAUAGCAAUCUCACUGAUGAAAACUUCAAGUCAACACAGGAGGAAGAGAAAGAUGGUGGUAACCCAUUUAUGAAAAAGUUGUUCCACUCAAAAUCUGCGAAUAGAACUUUUGAUAACUGAGAGAUCAACUAUCUCAAGAAUUCCUUUUCAAAGAAUGAUGAAGAAAAUGAUCGCCACAAUACUACGACAGAAGGUUUCCUGUAGAUUAU